CAUGAGAGGGAUGAAACAGACCACAGAGCUGCAGUCAGAGGAGGAGCUACACUGACAAACUUAAAACUUUCAUUUUUAGAGUGUGACGUUGAAGCUCUCCUCUUUCCAGAGUGUCAGCCAUGCUGCAGUAGAGACAAGUCUCUGUUUCUCUCUGAAAGAAAACUCAAACUGACUUCAUCAGGUAUUUCUCAACAACACAGCACAGUCUCUGCCAAACACUGGUAUGGCUGCUGUGAGCAUUCUCUCAUCUGAAGAUCCGUUUCUGUGCUCCAUCUGUCUGGAUAUGUUUACUGAUCCUGUCACCAUACCAUGUGGUCACAAUUUCUGCAAAAACUGCAUCACUGAACAUUGGAAUACCAAUAACCAGUACCUGUGUCCGAUGUGUAAAAAGGUUUUCAACACAAGACCUGAGCUGCACGUCAACACUUUAAUCUCUGGGAUGAUUGCUCAGUUCAGACAGUCAGCUCAACAGAAAGCCAGCAACAGCUCAGACCAACAAGUGUCCAAACCAGGAGAAGUUCCCUGUGACGUCUGCACUGGAACCAAACUGAAGGCCCUGAAGUCCUGCCUGGGGUGUCUGGUCUCCUACUGCGAGACUCACCUGGAGCCUCAUCUGACAGCUUCACGUCUGAAAAGACAUCAGCUGAUCGACCCUGUGGAGAACCUGGAAGGCAGGAUGUGUAGGGAGCACGAUAAACCUCUGGAGCUGUUCUGUAAGACCGACCAGACAUGUGUCUGCAUGCUCUGCACUGUUUUAGAUCACAAGAUGCAUGAUGUUGUUUCUCUGAAAGAAGAACAUGAAGGAAAGAAGGCCGAGCUGGGGAAGACAGGGGCUGAAAUUCAGCAGAUGAUCCAGAAGAGACGAUUGAAGAUUCAGGAUAUCAAACACUCAGUCGGCCUCAGUGAGGAAGAUGCAGACAGAGAGAUAGCAGAAGGUGUUCAGGUCUUCACUUCUCUGAAGGAGUCGGUUGAGAGAGGACAAUAUGAUGAUAUACUGGUUAUUAACAAGCUGGUCAGCUAAUAUGAACAUAUACUGGUUAUUAACAAGCUGGCCAAGCCAAUCGCCAUUUAGCACUGCAUUCAGUUUAUUUAAAUAGGACGGGUUAAGUCCUGGACACACCCCUGGUGUGCGUGUGUUUGUGUGUGUGUCUAUUUGUAUGUGUGUGUCAGUGUGUGUGUGUGUGUGUGUGUGUGUGUGUGUGUGUGUGUGUGUGUGUGUGU